CUCCCUCGUCUUCCUCAUCUCACGACAUCCGCUAACCACUCAACACCACCCUUGAUCACGAUCAGCAAGGGGAACAUAGCCACAGUCACACAUUCUCGUCGAUCUCAAUCACACAAACAUCGACGCAGCACUACCUUAAUCCACCCAUCGCCUCGCCUUCAACCGUGAAUCAAACGCAGCAUCGAAAGAGCCGCCGUUUCAUGUAUUCGCGUCCGCAUAGCACCCACCCCCUUUGUCAGUUGCCGCCAUCCCGUUCUCUCGAUACGUCAAUCCCGAGGCGACGAUCCAAGCCGCCUUUCACCCAUCCUGAAGGUGCCUAGAUACAUCACCACCACCCGCCAACACCAUCACGGUCGCCACCAUUUCCGUCUUUACUACGGCCCUCCAUCAUCUUCGACGGUCCGCCGACGACUCCUCACUUCAAUCUUGAACUUGAGCGUCCUACGAGGCUCUCGAUCCCUUUUUAUUACCACCCAUCAUGGCUGUCGUAAACAUUCGUCGCGAUGUCGACGACAAGUUCUAUCGCUACCGCAUGCCCCUCCUGCAGACCAAGAUUGAAGGUCGAGGCAACGGCAUUAAGACGGUCGUGCCCAACAUGUCCGAUAUUGCUCGGGCCCUCAGUCGUCCACCGACGUAUCCUACGAAGUUCUUUGGAUUUGAGCUAGGCGCUCAGACGACGUCGGACGAGAAGAAUGACCGCUACAUCAUCAACGGCGCCCACCAAGCCGAUCAGCUGCGCAAUCUCCUCGACGACUUCAUCGACAAAUUUGUCCUCUGUGGCGAGUGCAAGAACCCAGAGACGGAGCUGAAGGUGCCCAAGGGCAACGAGCCUAUAAUGAGGGACUGCAAGGCUUGCGGCAAGCGCACCAAGGUCAACAUGUCGCACAAAUUGACCACCUUCAUCGGCAAGAACCCUCCUCCGAAGAAGGUCAAGGGACAGAAGGGCGCCGGCAAGUCGGCUGGGCAGAGUGUUGAAGAAGCUGACGCUGGCAGUGACGAUGAGUUGACCGCAAAGAUCAACGCUGAGGCUGCUCAGAUCCCCACGGCGGACCAAAUGGCCGCUCGCAACGGCGACGAUGGUGGAUGGUCUGUCGACACGUCUGAAGCCGCCGUCAAGGCACGUGUCAAGGCCCUCGAGGGAGGUCUGCAGUCGGGUCUCGUCCUCGGCGCAGACGAAGAUGAAGACGAGGAGGGAGCCGACUCUCCUUACGCACAGUACGGCAGCUGGCUUCUGGAGAACAAGGGUAGCUCUCCCGCCGAGGUGUACAAGAAGGCCCAGGAGAUGGGCAUCGACAAGAAGCAUAAGGCUGUACAAGUUCUCGUACAGGCCCUUUUCACCGAUGAUGCGCCCAAGGAAGUCGAGAAGUACGCCCCCGUCCUGGUCAAAAUGGUCACCUCUGAGAAACACCAAAAGGCCCUCCUGGGCGGCGUCGAGCGCCUGGCGGGAAUUGAGCACCCGAACCUGGUGCCCAAUGGCGUACCUAAGCUGCUCAUGGCUCUCUAUCAGAUCGAUGUUCUUGAUGAAGACUUUGUGACGGAGUGGUCGACGAAGGUCAGCAAGAAGUACGUUGACAAGGAGACGAGCAAGAAGGUUCGCAAGGCUGCCAAGCCGUUCAUCGAGUGGCUGGAGCAAGCUAGCUCUAGUGAGGAGGGAAGCAGUGAAGAGGACAGCGAUGAAGAUGACGAGGAGGAGGAAGAAAAGCCCUCGAAGCCCUCUGCCGCGGCUGCCAAGACAAACGGCACCAGCAAAGCCAAGGCUCCUGUUCAGGAGGAGGAAGAGGAAGAGGAGGAUGAGGGCCAGUACGAUGACCUCUAA